GUUACAGAUCUUCUUCCUCUUCCAAAAAUAGGAAAAAAUAAGGUCCCCUUCCAUGGAGGAUGACCGCAGUAACAGUAAAAGCUCCGUCGAGACUUCCAAAGCUGACCGACCUAUUUGGCUAAUGAAGUGCCCGCCCAUCGUCUCCAAGGCAUGGCGAUCCUCCUCCGCAUCCGCCGCCGCCUCCGACUCGCCGCCCGUCGCAAAAGUCAUCGUUUCUCUCGAUCUCCUCAAACCUGAAGACUCCGAUCCCCUCCAAUUUACUAUGGAGAUGGCUGGGGGUGAUGUUGUGAAUAUGCCGAAGAGUUACUCUCUGAACAUGUUUAAGGAUUUUGUUCCAAUGGAGGUUUUCUCCGAGAUAAACCAAGUAAAAUUUGCAAUGGAGGGGAAAGUGGAACAUAAAUUUGACAUGAAACCCCGCCAUGAAAACGCUGAAGAAUACAGAAAAAUGUGCCGAGAGAGAACAAAUAAGUCCAUGAUCAAGAAUAGGCAAAUUCAGGUGAUUGAUGGUGAUCGUGGUGUGCACAUGAGGUCAAUGCCUGGGAUGAUGGGACUGAUUACUUCGACUUCUAAGGAUAAUAAGAAAAGACCAGCUCCAGUUAAGGCGCCAGAUGUGAAAAGAACUAGAAGGGACCGUGGGGAAUUGGAAGAUAUCAUGUUUAAGCUUUUCGAAAGACAACCUAAUUGGGCUCUUAAGCAGCUCGUUCAAGAAACCGAUCAACCUGCACAAUUUUUGAAGGAGAUAUUGAAUGAGCUGUGUGUUUAUAAUAAAAGGGGAACAAACCAGGGUACAUAUGAGCUCAAGCCGGAGUAUAAGAAAUCUGCCGAAGAAACAGGUGCCGAAUAAUAACUCCACAUCACUGUCUGUAUAUUUGCUUUCAAAUGACGAGACAUGCCUAGAUUACCUUGUCCUAAUGGAACUCGAGAAAACAACAGAGUGAUGCGAAUAAGCAGAUAGUUACUAAACUAGGCCACCUCUGUUUUACAGAAUACACAUGUUAGAGUUAAGUCUUCGGUAAAAUACGCUUGGUUGCUUUCUUAUUUUCUCUUUCUUGCAAUGUUUUACAGAAUUUUAAUAAUGUUCGACCAGUGAAUUUCUCCAUACAUGGAAAAUUACAAUUAAAUGGAUUUGUAUUAUACCCGAUACUUUUUUAUUCAGUACAUUUCUAGCAGGCGUUCGUGUAGGA